AUGAAUCAAACGAAUUUCAGUGUCGCUCAGUGGCUGAAUGAGCGGAAGCUGCCUGAUGAAUACAGGUGUUGGCUGCCACACAGUAAUUCAGGCGACAAAAUUUAUACUCUCGAUCAAAUUCAGGCAUCGCUUAUCGGUCUCGCACUUGGUGAUGCUCUUGGGGCACACGUUGAAUUUCGGCCACGAGAAUAUCUUGCUCAACACCCUGUAGAGGAACUUAUCGGUGGUGGCACCUGGGGACUACGAGCAGGCCAAUGGACCGACGAUACGUCGAUGGCUUUAUGUCUAGCAGCAAGUCUCAUUGUCAACGGCGAUUUUAACCCUUACGAUCAGCUCGUAAGAUAUAAAUGGUGGUGGAAACGUGGCUAUCUGUCUUCGACAGGAAAAUGUUUUGAUAUCGGCAAUGCGACGCAAGAAUCACUCAAUCAAUUUCGCCAACGACAAGAUAGCGUGCAGCAAAGGUUGCAGUUGUCUGAAGACGACAUUGAUUCUCUUCCGCAGAGCUAUGUGGCAAGCGUUGGAUUUAAUGUGAACUGUAGUAGGCCGGGAGUGGCAGGUAACGGAGCUCUUAUGCGUUUAGCGCCUGUUCCUCUCUUUUUCUAUCGAUCCCCAGUUCAUGCUAUCGAUUAUGCCGGUCAAAGUGCUCGUUUGACACAUGGAGACGAUAAAGCAGUUGAUGCUUGUAGAUAUUAUGCGGCCUUGAUAUGCGCAGCUCUUCAGGGACUCUCAAAAGACCAAUUACUCCACGACAACUUCUACACUGUGUGUUUUCAAAGCGGUUGGUUUGGUGAGAAACACUUACAUAAUGAAGUUGCAGCAGUUGCUCGAGGUUCUUAUAAAAAGAAAGGAGGCUACAGUGCAGGGAUCAGGGGAAAAGGUUAUAUCGUUCAAGCGUUAGAAGCCGCUCUCUGGGCAUUUUGGAGUGAAAACUCGUUUAGAGAGGGUGCAUUAUCAGCCGUUAAUCUGGGUGAUGACGCUGAUACAACAGCUGCUAUUUAUGGUCAAUUAGCUGGCGCACAUUACGGAAUGAAAGGAAUUCCUGAAGAAUGGCUCAAACAAUUGUAUGCGAAAGACUUCAUCAAAUGUGUCGGAUCAUGGUUGCACUCUAAUGGGCAUGAAUGGAGUAGACAAAUAGAAAAUUUAGCUCAAAGUACGUUCGACUGGCAGAAGCCUGUUAACCAAUGUGCAAGGCAGCGAGUGACAGCUGAAUACCCUAUCCGACAACCUUGGAAUGCCAACAGAGAUGAACACCAACCACCACAUAUCAAAUACGCUACGCCACUAACGCCGAAAGUGCACCCCAUUCCUAAUGACGGUUAUUUGUCAGAUUCUUCUUUAGACUACGAUAUAUUCCCACAACGUCGACAAAACGUCAGAAGCGGAUAUGAUCGGCAAUUUCAACCCUGUGUAAUUCAACCAUCCUUCACUUUCGAAGACAGCGGCAAUCCGUAUGGACAAACACAAUCACGGCGGCGCCCUUUCUUGUCGGCAUGGCAUAUCCCAGGUGUAUUCCUUUAUUUUCCUCAAAGAUAUAUGUUUCGUCAUAAUCCAUGA